ACAAAUUUCCCCAUAAAAUUAAAAACCUCAAAAAUCUUCUCCUCUUUACUUUUCUUCAGACAAAAAUAAUAAUAAUAAUAAUAAUAAUAACUAAUCCACAGAGUAGACGAAGAAGAAGAAGAGAUGGUCGAAACGAUACAUGUGAUUUUGGCCAUAGGCUGCUUUGGAAUCUUUUCAAUCAUCUUCAUCUUGUUACUAUGGAGAUUUUAUUUCCAUAAACCUGAUAAGGAAGUUAUGGAGCCAACAAGAAGUAAUAACAGCAGAACCGAGAGACUACAAUCCGGGAUCACCAAGCUUCACCAAGAAGGCGUUUUUCGUCACCAGCUCCAAAUCGAUUUCGACACCAAACAGAAGGGAAACUACUACAUGUUCCGACGUGGGGUUUCCGGUAAGCCUCUCUUCAGCUGGGCUGACCACCCGUCUCUGAUCACCGACGCCGUCGAGAACGGCUGGUCGCGCUUCGCCUUCACGGGCUACAUGUCGUCGUCGUCGACCGCGUCAACGAGAUCCUCGGCAAGAUUGUUGGGUUUGUGCGCUGUUGGCGGCGAUGUUCGGAGAGAAUCUGAGCCGGAAACGAGCUGGGAAAUAUGCCAGGAAUCGGCGGAUUUCAUGCAGAAGAUAAGGCUGAAUCCGGGGCUGAGAAAAGCCUUGAAUUUUGGAAGUCAAUCCGCGGCUGCUACGUCCGUGAUCAGGACGGCUCUGCCUUUGCCUGGCCCGCCUUUGGGGAAUUCCUCCUUCCCACAAGAGGCCUAUUUCGAGAUCACCGUCUUGUAUUGUCGCGGCGGUGGUAGCGGCAGAGGAGAAGAACAUGAUUCUAUUGGUAAUAAUAAGGUCAGGGAAGGGGAGAAAACGAAGCUCAUACAAGAGAAUUCUAAUGCGAGAGCGAAUUCGGAGUCUUUGGUCCAUUUUAAUGGCCGUAGUAAUAGAGUUAACAAGAUUGAGGACUUGAAGAUUGGUGGUAAAUUAGAUGACGGGAAAGCUCAUGAUCAUGAGGGAGUAAUGUUAUCGGUUGGACUCACCGCCGGUGGCUCUCUUCCUUUGAAGCUGCCCGGAAGUUAUCUCGGCAGCAUUGGAUUCAACUCCGACGGUUCGGUCUUUGUUGACGGAAUCAAACUCGUCUUUGCAUCCGAAAAGGCGGAAUGGGGAAGAACAGACAAGGUGAUCGGUUGCGGGUUCGAUCCAAAGCAGAAGAAAGUAUUCUUCACUGUAGACUCGGAAGUAAUACAUGUAGUCCAUUGCAAAUCAGAGGAAUUUGGGACACCCCUUUAUCCAACUCUGGCUGCAAACGACGACGUUUCGGUUCUUGUAAAUUUCGGACAAAGUAUGUUCAAAUAUCCGCCGGCGAAUGCCCAAAGAACCCCAAAUCCUUGCUUUGUUGGUCCCGUGGCGAAUUCGCCCGCUCUAGGAUAUGAAGACAGCAAAGAGCUUUUCUCAAUGGGAAGAAUAGAUUCUCAGUGGCUUAACAGAUGUACAACAAGAGGAAACCAGAAUCAGGGGAAUCCAAACAGGGCAUUGGACUUUGACGAAGAGUCUGAAGCAGAUUUGUUUGAGAUUGUGUUGGACAGUUGCGGAAGAUCCCCAAACGUAGUGUCUUAGAAAACACAUCAUCAACAAAAUUCAAUGCCGAGGGUAAAACUACUGUACUACUUACUCUUGCAUUUGUAUUUGUUGUGAUUUUUCUUUUAUUUUUUUCCUUCCUCCUUUGCCCUUUUUGAUUGGUUUACUUCACUCAUCACCGAAAUAUAGGAAAUAGAAACAGGUUCAUACACACUGCGGAAAAUUUUUAUUUCGUUCACCAUUUGAUUUUUCUUCUUUUGGCAUGCAAUGUAUUUUCUUGUACAUAAACAGCGCUAAUGUCCAUUC